AGAGAGAAAAAGAGUGAGAAGCAGAUCAGUACAGUAAAAAUUAGGAUGUGGUAAUGUUAAAAUUUUAACACUAACCUGACUGAAACAUGACACUAAUGCUCAAAAAUGCGUACAAGCAACACCUCAGCUACACACCACAAAGAGAAACAUAUCUAGAUAACCAUGUUGGAGAGAUAUCUAGUAAGGAAAUGAGAGAAGAGAUAUAUAGAGAUAAAGAGAAUGAAAAAUUUACUAAGAGAAGAGAGAGAUAGAGAGUGAGAGAAAUGUCUAGAUUGCAGUAAAGAGAGAUGAACUAAGAGAUGUUAGUGAAAUGUAUUGGAAGACGUUGAAUCUGGGGAUAGAGAGAUUAAAAGCAAAAAAUUAAGGAUGAAAGAAAGUCAUGACAAAUGAGAUAGGAGUAAGGAAGCCCCCUGUCAUUUCCUCUCCAGGUAGGUUCACUUUCUGUAAGCUACACUUACUGAAAAUGGUGUUUGUGGUUAACUGGGACACCACCGUGUCUGCGUGUGCGUGCGCGUGUGUAAAACAGAGAGAGCGGUUGCUUCAACGUGACACCAUGUGCGAUGAAGCCAUCAGUAUAAAAACUUUUAAUGCAUAAAAAAUCGGAAAAUCAUCCAUUAAAAUAAUCACAGAGAUAUGAGUAUAAACAAAACAUUCAACUAUUCCUGAAAGGUGACUUCCUGAAUACAGAAUGAAGACAAAGAUGUUGAUUGGCCAGAUUCUGAUACUGUUGAUAAUGUCACUCGUCUCUUCAAGCGAGGACAAUAACAAUCUGGAGUGCUACACUGACUACAUAGAUGUCAUUAUGUGUGUUUGGAACACUUCGUCAGUGGAAGACAGAUUUCACAUAACACCAACCACCAACUGCAUACUUAAAGGCGAAUACAAUGAGGGCGACAUUAUUCAAAAUCCCCAAAGUAACCUGGAGCCUCUUGGCAGCUCACAGACAAAAUUACGUAAUGGAACUCUUCAAUUUUCACAUGAGUCUUUGAGUCUGGGUGACCUAUACGCCCUGCUGUAUGUGUCGUGUGAAAACAUAGCUGAACCAGUGGAAACUAUUUCUGAAUUUGAUAUAACAGAUCAUGUUAAGUUGUGGCCUCCUGAGAGGCCACUUGUGGAAGGAUUGAAUGUCACCUGGAAGUGUUGCUCUCCUCAAUCUAUGUAUGUUCAAAGAAUGAAGCAUGAGGUGCAGUGGCGUUUGCUCGAGGACAGCUGGAAGAAUAACCAGGUGGCGUCUGCAGAAAAAGAGCACUAUGAGUUGCUAGAAGAAGAUCUGAUCUUGGGGAGGCAGUAUGUGGUCAGGGUUCGGUCCAGUGCUGUUCGUCAACGAGAAAUAUGGAGCGAGUGGAGUCCAGUCACUCAAUGGACAUCCACUGUGGGCUUACAACCUCCGUCUGAAGAUCCCAAUUAUAUUAUACUGGGUAUAUUCAAUAAUUUAACCAGCUUUAUACUUGCAACAGUUGCAGUCAUUUUAUUGGCUUUCUUCGGCAUCCUACGAUACAGGAGGAUUUUGAAGUGCCCAUAUGUACCCACACCUGGGAAAUAUUUUGGCGAUCUUUUCUCUGACCAUGGCGGUGACUUUAAGUCAUGGCUGGGUCCUAUUGUGAAUUCUGAGAUGUAUAUCAAGGCUGAUUCAGAGUGCAUCUCACGUGUGACAAUCUAUAACGCCUGCAAGUCUGAUAUGUUCUCCAAUAAGAUGGAAAAAGAUUUCAACAUAAGGGAUGGCAGCACCUCCAGUUUCUCCAACUCCACUUAUUUCCUGUCCCAGAGCUCCAAAUGUGCCUUAGGAGAUCAGCUGGAACCUUGUUCAGCGGACGGUCCCUACGGACCAGCAGGAGGAGGUAGUGAGCAAGAGAAAAUACUGCCAGCCACUCACGAUAAUGGCCAUGACAAUGAACUGAGCGAAGUCACCAUGAGCACCCCUUUGGAAACAUCCUCCUCCUACAAGCAGCUGCAGAAACUGCGGCUGGACAUCCAGAGCCCUGACUCAGGGUUCGCCGGGAGCUGCGAGGAACAAGAAAGCCAGGAGGAGUCCGGAAGCGAAGGACUUCCCAGCCCGCCUGUAGUGCACAACACUCUGCCCAUCAGCUGCAUCCUACCAUGCCCAGCACCCCAGCUGAUAGGAUUCCCUCAUCUCAUAGGAAUCCCACCUGGCCUGACAUGGAGCCCAUGGAAUAACCAAAACUCCACAAACCUGCCUCCUGACAUCUCCAGAAACAUUUUGCCGGGAAAUUCUGGCAUCAUGGCUUGCUCUGGGAUGCUAGAGCCAUCUAGUGAUGACUAUAUGCCUGUUAAGAAGGUUCAAGGAUGAUCAUGUGGUGCAAGUAAUCAUAAAUCCAACAAAGAUGACAGGAACAAAGGGAAGUGUGAUGAAGGAACGUUUAUUAUAAUGUGUUAUAUGUGUUAAUUAUAGCGAGUUCUCAGAUUUCUGUAAUGCUGCAGGAAACUUAAGCGGCCUACAGAGAUCUACAAAAAAAGUUGGGUUUUUUUGAAUUAUCAAUUUUCCCAAAUAUAGUUUUUGGAUGGCUUUUUAAUAUCGGUGUGGUGAACUGGGAAAACUCGUUGAAAUCUCUACUUUAAGAAUUUAUAAAUAUAUAUUUACCAAAGCAACAUGGAGAUGUUUUUGUUUUUGUUUAGUCUAGUUCUAACCUUGUUUUGGCCUGGAAAAAUAGUCUGGGGGUAAGGAGCCAGUUUAACCAAUGCUGUGGUAAAUGCAAUCAGUCUGCAUAAAAAUGUCUAAAGCCUCGCUAGCCAAGUGUGUUUUUCUCAUGCAAUGAGUGUCAUGAUUUUAUCAAGUUGAUGGAUAGCUAUGCGCUGUAACAAAAUGGACAAAAGGCUCAGGAGAAUUUGUGACCAGAUAACGACUAUCAAAAUGCCUGCUAUGAUCCUGCACCAUCACAUCAUCGUUCAUGGGCUUUGAAGGAAACAACAUAUUGUAGAAAGUGUAAAAAUUUGACCAUGUGAAUGGUUUAAAAAAAAAAGAUUACAGUAAGUCAAACUGUGCCCUAAAACACAUUGGUAAGUUUUUACUGACAUUACUGAACAUUACUGAACAACUAGUUUGACACGUUUAUAUCGGGUGAGAAAGACAUCCAUUAUGUGUUAGCUAUAUUAGCUUGGUCACUCGUGUAAAACUAAAGCUGCAAAUACUAGACUGUCUUGAUUUGUUGCCUCUCGUUUAAGUUCUUAUUUAUUGACAAUAUUACAAUUUAUUAAUUUUUUAAACUACUUACAGUGGUAGAAAUCACCACCCACCAUUUCUGGUGCUGUUAUUUAAUAUAAUAAAUGAUAGAUAUUCUCCUGUUUGAGAGCAAAUUAGAAUUUAGCAGUAUUUCACAGUAUUUUAUUUUUGUUAUCUAUGUAAAAUGAUAUUACUGCUAUAGCUGAUUGUUUUUGCUUAUGUAAAUCUUACAAGUGCAAAAUCUGUUUAAUAUCAUGUAAUUGUGGGAAGCUAAACACCGACAGUCUUAAUGUUUAAUGGAAAGUCAGUCACACUUUCCAUCACCUAAGCAUCAUUGCCUCUGCAAAGUAUUUCGUUCAGUCUGUGUGUCCUUUAAAUGAGUGUGAGUAUGAAGGGACUUUAAAGACAAUAAUUCAACAUAUAUGUGGCACGGACAUUUGUGAUAUGGUGUGAUGUGUGUGUAUUUGUAUUUGUGCUGUGCUGCUAUGAAAAAUAUCAAAACAAUACAACCAUGGCAGCAUGACAGUUGAGUUGUUUAUGAAGAUUAUUAAUUUGAAUUCCUCUUCAGGGAAAGACAAAAUAAAGACGUUUAUAUCGGA